AGACAAUAAGUUGAAGCAAUAUUUUUUAUAUUAGAAAAUGGGUUUGGAAAACUACAAGCCCAUAGUAGUAUUAUUGGGAUGUCAGUUUGUGUACGCUGGAGUGACUCUAUUUGGAAGAGCUGGGAUUUUGCAAGGGAUGAGCACUCGAGUUUUUGUUGUCUACAGGCAGUGCAUAGCGUUCUUGAUUAUGUCACCAAUUGCAUAUUUCUCAAGGAGAGGAAGGAAAGAACAUUGUCUGGAAUGGAAAAGCUUGUGGCUGAUUUUCCUUGUCUCUUUUAUUGGGCAAGUUCUUAUAACACUAAAUCAGAACUUGUAUUACGAAGGCUUGGCGUUGGCUAAUUCAACAGUUGGAAGUACUUUGGGCAAUUUGAUGCCAGCCAUCACUUUUAUCAUGGCCUAUACCUUGGGAUUGGAGAAAGUGAAUCUCCGAAGCCUGAGAAGUGUGGCUAAGAUAAUCGGGACAGUAGUGUGUGUUUGUGGGGCAGCGGUUGUGUAUUUCUGCUGGCAAGCCCCUGUUGCUGGCCCAUGUAAGUGCUCGAUACCCGGAUCAUCUUUUGGUAACAACACUAAUGUUCUUAAUGGCCGCCUUACAAUCGGCAGUGGUAGCAUUGAUACUCGAACCCGAUACGAGUGCCUGGAUAUUCAAUUCACCGGUGCCAUGGAUCUCCGUCUUUUAUGCCGUGAGCAAUUAAUUAUUGUUGUUGUUAAGGUUACCAUAUAUGAUUUAUUUUAUGUUUUUGGCCUAAGAAAACAACUAUGAAUAUAUGAGAUAUAAAAAAAAAUAAAAAAAAUCAGUUUUCUAUUUUUGAAUUAAAUAAUGUCUUUCAAUAUAUAUAUAUAGAUGUCACCAAAAAGUUGAUAAAACAAACACACAUACACAUAUAAUUGGGAAUGAAUGCAGGGUGGGGCAUCAGCAGUUACUUUCUUUGCUCAAGCAUGGUGCCUCCCAAGGAGAGGUCCCCUCUUUUCAGCCAUGUUCCACCCUCUAACCACCGUAAUUGUCGCUAUUGUUGCUUGUACUUUUCUGCACGAGAUGUUGUACGUUGGAAGGUAUAACAAGUUAUUCAGUUUGAAUAUUAUUCAGAUUAAUGUUGAAAAUAACAGCUAAUUGGAAUUGGAUCGUUCAUUGUUUUCAAAAUGUUGUAUUAUUUCAAUUUAAACAUUAAUUGCAGCUUGUUGGGGGGAGUUGCUGUGAUAAUUGGACUUUACAUUGUGCUGUGGGGUAAGGCAAAGGACUAUGAAGACGCAAGGAAUGAGAAAACAGUUGGCCAAAUAGACAAGGGAAAUGAUGAAACGACACCGUCCACUCAUACUUCAGAGGGCACAAUUGAUUUGGAAGCGCCUCUUCUUCUUCGUGCAGGAUCAAGUUUCAUCAGUAUUUAAUAUAUAUAUAUACAACAUUAAUUAGGUAAUGGAUGUCAAAUAUCUAUUGCCGUAUUUGUAAUUUUGGCUAUGGACCAUAUACCAAUUAUUUGUUUGUUUAUUGUGUUUCGAUUGUUAAGCCACGCACUUGGUCAUUUACUUUUCUAUAUAAACCCCCAAAAUUUUCUUCACCUUGUUGUUUCUUAAACUCACAUUAUA